AUGUCGGCUGACAACGUCAUCUCCCUCGAUACCCUCGCUCAGCAACCUCGACUCAACAGGCUUUACACCCAAGUCACGCUCUUCUUCCCUCUCCGCGACCCCGCCUCGGAGCGAGAAAGCAUCAAUAUCUUCAAGCGAGGAAGUAUAGAACUAUCGAAACAUUUCCCCUGGACGUCUGGAACAGUUGUUUUAGAGGAUGGGAUUUUUAAGAUCAACCCUUCCAAAGACGCCAGCCUCGUUGUAAAGGACUAUAAAGGCGGUGGUCUUGGCGUCGGUCUUCCAGACUAUGCAACCCUCAAACAAUCCCAAUUCCCAUUCAAUCUCCUGGAUGAAGCGCUUCUUUCACCUGUAAAGACAUUCAACGAGUUUGGUACUGGGUUACCGGUACUUCUGAUUCAAGUUUCUCUUGUUCAAGGUGGCUUAUCCCUCACAUUCAACGGACAGCAUGGUGCCAUGGAUAUGGCGGGUUUGGGGAGCGUAAUGCGCCUCUUUGCGAAAGGAUGUCGGGGCGAGCCUUUUACAGUGACAGAACUUGAGAUUGGGAAUACAGAUCGUCGAGAUGUUCUGCCCCUGCUUUUCCCUCUAUCUGGCCAGCCCUCAAACAACGACGAAACCAAAACCAGGAUCCAGCAGCCCACAGCUACAACUUCAAAUUCACUCCCAGCACCGGGUCCAACUCUAGUUUGGGCAUAUUUUUCAUUCUCCACCCCUUCUCUUACAGCUCUGAAAUCCAGCGCUACGGCCCGUCCAGAGAAAGGUCUAUCGCAAACGUUCAUCUCAACAGACGAUGCCCUCUCAGCCUUCGUCUGGCAAUCAAUUACACGCGCAAGGUCCCAAAAUAAAGAUCAGUCACCACUGCUACGUCCCUCAACGCUCUCCAGAAAUGUAGACGUCCGCCGACACUUUUCUCUCCCAGACUCCUAUCCGGGCUUCAUGACGAGCGCUACGAGUCACACAUUCUUAGUGGAGAAAAUACUCGCAGAACCUCUAGGAAGUAUCGCGCUAAGUCUUCGUCGUGCGCUAGACCCAAUUGCCCUAAAGGAUAAAACACUCGCCCAAGCUUUGCUUAUAAUCGAGAAGAUCAACAGUGACCGUGACGGCGGAAUGCCCUCCAAGGCAGAGUCUGGAACCGUCCUACCGGGUAAUCCUGCACUCGACGUGCGGCUAAGUUCUUGGGCGAAGGAGGAACUAAAUGGACUUGAUUUCGGGUCUGUACUUGGGAAGCCAGAGGCGAUUCGGAGGCCUUCGUUUGGACCAGGGUCCAGAGAGGGUUUAGUGUACUUCUUGCCCAGGGGGCUGGAUGGCAGUAUUGUUGUGGGGAUUUGUUUAAAGGGGGAGGACAUGGAGAGGCUAAAAAUGGAUGCCGAAGUUAAGAAAUAUGCUGCGUAUAUUGGCUGA